GAGCGGAAACUGUCACCGCUCACCUCACAUGUGGAUUUUAACUGCAGUGCUUGAAACGUGUUUGUGUUACUGGAACUCGCUAUGACCCGCGCGGGUUCCUGUGAAUCGAUUAGCUGUUUAUAAAGCGAUCGGAACUGGACCGGUACCGGUACCGAUAAUGGAGAACCUGGAAGUCAGCCUUUCUGCCCUGACCAUCAUAUCCAGACAUGUGGACAAGAGUCGGAACCAGAUCAGCCAGUAUCUGUCCAAACAGAUAUGGACUCAGCAGGACAGGCAGAGCAUUUUGGAUUAUUUGGCUCAGCUCCUCUUGGAGAAGGAUUACACUCUGCUGGUCGCCCGUCACGUCCGCCCGCUGAUCCUCGACCUGCUAGAGCGCAGCGCGGACCGGGUCAAAGCUGGCGGCAGGAUCAACCACGACCUCCAUGAGCGCCUGUGUGUGGCUCUCAGUCGACUCCUGAGCAUCAGCCCCGACGCCCACGCGUUCGCUGUGCGGUACUUCAGCAGUGCCCCCCCGGUGUUCCAGAGGCUGUUCUUCACCAGCGAACAGUCAGCGGCUGUCCGGUAUGGCCCCAGAAGGAUGAAGCUCCGCGACCUGAUGGCCGCCACGCUGCGCUUCCUCCAGAGCGACUGUGCAACGUUUCGGAAGCUGUGGGACUGGAGUCCCUGCGUCUCACAGCUGCUGACCAGUGAUGUCAUGGUCCGGGGGUCCACGGCGCAGUGCUUAGCGCUCGUCUGCCACAUGACUGACAACCAGAAAGCCAUCUUCCUGAGGAAUGUUCUGACCAACGACGAGAUCCUGCACAUGAAAAUGAAAGCGUUGGAGGAAAGUCGGCAGAUGGAGGCAGAGAAGGCUCUGGUGUUAGCCAAUCCCAGAUCAGUGAGGUGGCACCAGGACCUGGCUCACAGGUUCACCAGGGGCCAGGUGGUGUCAGAGGACCUGUCCCCAAACGUUGUAGCUGUGUGCGGGGUUGUUCUGCCCAGGAUGGCUCCCCGACACGUUGAUCAGGUCGACACCAACCUGGUCCUGGUGGACUCCACCUGCCAGAACCUGAGGAGGCUGGCUUUGGCCGUGGCUUCCCACAAAGCCGUGCUCCUGGAAGGUCCGAUCGGCUGCGGGAAAACCGCUCUGGUGGAGUUCAUGGCGGCCGUAACCGGACACACCAAAGCUGCAGACAUUCUGAAGGUCCAGCUGGGGGAUCAGACCGACAGCAAGAUGUUGCUGGGGAUGUACCGCUGCACCGACGUACCAGGGAAGUUUGUGUGGCAGCCAGGAACCCUGACACAGGCUGUUUCCAAAGGCCUCUGGAUCCUGCUGGAAGACAUUGACCAUGCACCUCUGGACGUGAUUUCUGUCCUGCUGCCUUUGAUGGAGAACAGAAAGCUGAUGAUUCCAGGACGGGAAGACUGCAUCGAAGUUGCUUCUGGAUUCCAGUUUUUUGCAACCAGACGGAUGUACUAUAGUAGUGGCAACUGGCACAAACCACAGAACUCCCAUGCAGCUUUGCUGGACAAGUACUGGACCAAGCUGCAAAUGGGGAACAUGAGCCAAGCAGAGCUGAAGAAGGUCCUGGUCCACAGGUACCCCAUGCUAGCAGCGGUGUCAGACCGUCUCCUGGAUAUCUACUGCCAGUUGACGGGUGACAGACACUCUGAGGUGGACCCCAGCAGCAUGGAGGCCUCAUCAGAGGGACAGCAGGAGCAGCCUGAGGACAAAAGCAGCUCAUUGGAGGGGAGGGCUCUGUCAGUAAGGGACCUGCUGAAGUGGUGUGAGCGCAUCAGUGUGAACUUUGACAGCUCUUCCUCUGCCACAGCUCAGCGAGUCUUCCUCGAGGCUCUGGACUGCUUCACCGCCAUGCUGUCCCUCCCUGCUAGCAGACUGCGAAUGGCCGAGAUCAUCGGAAGCAAGCUCAACAUCUCCAAGGAGAAGGCGCAGCACUUCUGCCAGCUGUAUCAGCCCAGCGUCUCUCUGACCGAGCUGCAGGCGGCGGUGGGCCGAGCCGCUCUGACCCGGAAGCAGGCCGAGGCCGUGCAGCUGAGCGUCCAAUGCAGUAAGCAGACGUUCGCCGCCACCCGACCAGCCGCCGUCCUGCUGGAGCAGCUGGCUGUCUGUGUGGCGAAGGGGGAGCCAGUCCUCCUGGUUGGAGAGACCGGAACAGGAAAGACCUCCACCGUGCAACACCUGGCCUCCAUCACUGGUCACAAGCUGCGUGUGGUGAACAUGAACCAGCAGAGCGACACCGCCGACCUUCUUGGAGGCUACAAGCCAGUAGACCACCGUCAGAUCCUGCUGCCUCUGCGGGAGGCUUUUGAAGAGCUGUUCUCCCAGACCUACUCACGGAAGCAGAACCUGACCUUCCUGGGCCACGUGCAGACCUGCUUUAGAGAGAAGCGCUGGCAGGAUCUGCUUCGACUCAUGGACCACGUCUGCAAGUCUGCUCUAGCUAAGGAGCUGGAAGAAAAGGCUGGAGAUUCCUCUCUACUGGGGCAGUGGGAGGCUCUGACUCUAAAACUGAGCCAGACGCAGCAGCAGAUCCGAGCCUGUGAAACGGCCAUGGUGUUUGCCUUCGUGGAGGGCUCUUUAGCCCAGGCUGUGAAGAAGGGCCACUGGAUCCUGCUGGAUGAGAUCAACCUGGCAGCAGCAGAGACCCUGGAGUGUCUGAGCGGCCUGCUGGAGGGCAGUGCUGGCUCUCUGGUCCUGCUUGACCGUGGAGACACAGAGCCUCUGGUUCGCCAUCCGGACUUCCGCCUCUUUGCAUGCAUGAACCCAGCGACUGAUGUUGGGAAAAGGAACCUUCCUCUGGGGCUCAGGAACAGGUUUACUGAGCUGUAUGUGCAUGAGCUGGAGAACGAGGGAGACCUGAGGAUCCUCGUCUCUGACUACCUCAAGUGUUUGAACCCGCAGAAGAGCGUCAUCAGCGGCAUCAUAAGUUUUUAUUUGGCGGCGCGGAAGGAGGCCUCGUCCCGCCUGCUGGACGGAACCGGCCACAGACCCCACUACAGCCUGCGCACUCUGUGCAGGGCCCUGAGCUACGCGGCAGCGAACCCCUGCCACAGCGUCCAGCGUUCGCUCUAUGAGGGCUUCUGCAUGAGCUUCCUCACCCAGCUGGACAGGAGCUCCCACCCUCUGGUCCAGAACCUGGUGUGUCAGCACAUUCUAAUGGGGAACACCAAGUGCCUGAAACAACCCAUCCCAGCUCCACCGGGCCGGGCCUGUGUUCAGAUGGAGGGCUACUGGGUUCCCCAGGGAGAGCUGGAGCCAGCACUGGACCCCAGCUACAUCCUCACUGCUUCAGUGAAGCUCAACCUCCGGGACCUUUCCAGAGUGGUCUCUGCAGGGACGCACCCAGUGCUGAUCCAGGGAGAGACGUCUGUGGGGAAGACCAGCCUCAUCCGCUGGUUGGCCACGGCCACCGGAAACCAGUGUGUGAGGAUCAACAACCACGAGCACACCGACAUCCAGGAGUACAUCGGCUGCUACUCCUCAGACGACCGCGGAAAGCUGGUGUUCAAAGAGGGUGUUCUGAUCGACGCCAUGAGGAAAGGCUACUGGGUGAUCCUGGAUGAGCUGAACCUGGCCCCCACCGACGUCCUGGAGGCUCUCAACAGGCUGCUGGAUGAUAACCGGGAGCUGUUUGUGGCCGAGACUCAGGAAGUCAUCAAGGCUCAUCCUAGAUUCAUGCUGUUUGCAACCCAGAAUCCUCCAGGUCUCUACGGCGGCCGGAAGGUCCUCUCCAGGGCUUUCAGGAACCGCUUUGUGGAGCUUCACUUUGAUGAGCUUCCCAGCGGAGAACUGGAAACCAUCCUUCACCAGAGGUGCAGCUUACCUCCAUCCUACUGCAGCAAGCUGGUCAAAGUCAUGCUGGACCUUCAGUCUCUGCGCAGAGGAUCCUCUGUGUUUGCGGGGAAGCACGGCUUCAUCACGCUGAGAGAUCUGUUCCGCUGGGCGGAGCGCUACAGGCUGGAGGAGCAGACGCAGGCUUCCCAGGACUGGCUGCAGCAUCUAGCAGACGAUGGCUACAUGCUGCUGGCCGGACGGGUGAGGAAGCCGGAGGAGGAGGCCGUCAUCCUGGCCACCCUGCAGAAACACUUCAAAAGGACGGUGAACCCAGAGAACCUGUUCUCCCACAAACAGCUCAUCAGUCAGUUCAGCCCCCUCAUCGACAGCGGUGGAGGAGUCCCGGACGAGUUCCGCCACGUGGUGUGGACCCAGGGUCUUAGGAGGAUAGCUGUGCUGAUAGGCCGGGCCCUGCGCUUCGGGGAGUCGGUUCUGCUCGUAGGAGACACCGGAUGUGGGAAAACCACCAUCUGCCAGCUGUACGCAGCUCUGGCUGGACAGAAGUUCUUCUCUGUCAACUGUCACAUGCACAUGGAGACCUCUGACUUCCUUGGAGGCCUGCGGCCGGUUCGAUACGCCCAGCAGACUGUUGGGGAGGAGGUGCGGCUGUUUGAGUGGACCGAUGGACCGCUGGUGCUCGCCAUGAAGGAAGGAGGGGUUUUCCUCAUGGAUGAGAUCUCCCUGGCUGACGACUCUGUGCUGGAAAGGCUCAACAGCGUUCUGGAGACGGAGAAGUCCCUGGUGCUGGCAGAGAAGGGCAGCGGAGAUGACGACGACGUGGAGCUGAUCAGAGCUGCUGCUGGCUUCCGUCUGGUUGCCACCAUGAAUCCUGGUGGAGACUUCGGCAAGAAGGAGGUAUGGAACAUGAGACUCAGGGGACCUCAGACGGAUGGGCGCAGCCUGCCGCAGUACGCCAUCACAGCAGGCACUGCAGCUAUGAACGCCCAGAGGCUUCUGCGAGCUCUCAAACUGCAGAGGCCUGUGCUGCUGGAGGGGUCCCCCGGCGUGGGAAAAACCAGCCUGGUGGCGGCGCUGGCCAAAGCCUCUGGAAACCAUCUGGUCAGAAUCAACCUGUCGGAGCAAACGGAUGUCACUGACCUGUUUGGGACAGAUCUUCCUGUGGAGGGGGGGAAAGGAGGAGAGUUUGCGUGGCGGGAUGGCCCCCUGCUGGCUGCUUUGAAGGCCGGCCACUGGGUGGUUCUGGAUGAGCUCAACCUGGCGUCUCAGUCGGUGCUGGAGGGUCUGAACGCCUGCUUUGACCACAGAGCUGAGAUCUACAUCCCUGAACUGGGCAUGAGCUUCCAGGUUCAGCAUGAGAAGACCAAGAUCUUCGGCUGCCAGAACCCCUUCACCCAAGGCGGGGGGCGCAAAGGGCUGCCCAAAUCCUUCCUCAACAGAUUCACCCAGGUUUUUGUGGACCAGCUCACCAGCAAAGACAUGGAGUUCAUCGGAAAUUCGAUUUUUCCCUCCAUUGAUACGGAAAUCAUUGGGAAAAUGGUUGAAUUCAAUAACAGGGUGAGUUUGAACUACAUAGAGAUGACCAUAAUCCCACCUCUGAUAGCAGGUACUUCUAACAUGCACAUAGGAGGUAGGUUUUGUUUUUUGAUGCUGUAGGUUGGCUUCUCUGUACUACAACGCUCCGGUGGGGCCCCCGUGACCCUUGACCCCCCGCUAUCUGUCACACACCAGUGCCUGAAGCCGUUGGAGUCGUUGAUGAAGUGUGUGGAUAUGGGCUGGAUGACCAUAGUAGUCGGUCCAACAGCCAGUGGGAAGACCGGCCUGGUGAGACUGCUGGCUCUGCUCACAGGACAUCGUCUCAGGGUCAUGGCCAUGAACAGCGCCAUGGACACCACCGAGCUCCUGGGGGGGUUCGAGCAGGUGGACAUCAUGCGCCCGUGGCAGCAAGUGUUGGAAAUGGUUGACUACACUGUUGCCAUGGUAACGAGGCGUGGGCUGAUGUCUCUGGACGACGGCACCCAGGACACUCAGUUCCUGCUGCAGACAUGGGGCGUGUUCUGCCAGUGGUUGAGAGAGAGAGGCCUCCAGAGAGCUGGAGGGACGGUGACCUCCGAGGCCGUCAACAAGCUGGAGGUCAUCAUCGUCCUCCUGCAAAAACUCAACACCAAACUCAAAGUGUUCACCGACAUGUCCAAGCUGCAGAUGGACUUCACUCUUCUGAAGGAGCGUCUGGCUCAGCUGGAGGAUGGCUGGACUAAUGGCGGCUUCGAAUGGUUGGAUGGGAUGCUGGUCCAAGCCCUGCAGGCCGGUGACUGGCUGCUAAUGGACAACGUCAACUUCUGCAGUGCCUCCGUCUUAGAUCGCCUCAAUGCUCUGCUGGAGCCCAACGGAUCACUGGCCAUCAAUGAACGCGGUGUCAUCGACGGGAAGACCCCCAGGAUCACCCCACAUCCCAACUUCAGGCUGUUCCUCACCAUGGACCCGGUUCAUGGGGAGCUGUCCAGAGCAAUGAGGAACAGGGGGGUGGAGAUCUACAUCCCAGGGGAACAUGAGGGGAUGUGCUGGGACUCGUUAGACCUAAAGACUCUGCUCCACUCUGCCGGCGUUCCCGGGGACUGUGUGUGUGAGCUGCUAAUGCAGAUCCACAGAGGCAUCCGCUCUGCCAUCUGGGACUCCCCGGCCUCCUCUGUGGCGUCCCUCCUCUACGCCGCCUCCCUGCUGUCCUCCCAGCUGCAGAGAGGUGCAGAUUUGCGCGGCGCCCUGCAGCACGCCUGUGCUGAGGCCUACUCAUUCUGUCAGCGCACCGUCGCUAACCAGAAGCGAGCCCAGCAGGUGAUUGAGGAGCACUUGGCCAUCCAGGAUGGGGGGGAUUGGGGUGAUGGGCUGCUGUGCGCCGGAGUUUGGCCCGACGGCCUCCCAUCAGCUCUUCUAUCCACCGAAGAUUCAUGCUUCUCGUCUGUUCUAAGAGACGGGCAGGUCCUCCUCUUCUGCCUUAACUCCCUCAGCCUGCAGGGAAAACGGAAUUGUCCAAUGACACUGAGGGACCUGCAGCAGGCCAUGCAGAGCGGCGGCGUCCGUGAAGACUCUGUCUUCUCUGGAGGAAAGCUGGAUCAGAAGCAGGGAGAUGCGCUCAGACUGCUUCCCACUGCAGUCAGGCUGGUGACAGAGAGAGCCUCUCAUGGAGAUUGGAUUCUUCGCAGCAGCUGGCUCUCUCACCUGAGCAAGAGCUUCAAAUAUCUCCCUGAGCCAGCGCUGGUCCAGGUGGAGGCAGGAAACCGUGCCCUGAAGGCUGUGUUCAGCAGCAGCCUCGCUGUAAAGGGCAGAACGCUGGCAGAGCUGCUCCAGCCUCACAGCAAAGAUGAAUACAGGAUCUUGAUGGACAUGCGCUGGAACAAACAGUACCUGGACAUUUUAACCAACCAGUGCAACUUUGAGGAUGAGGAGAGAUACACUGAGUUUCUAGAGGCUCUGAAUGCAGUGGCCAACAGGAUUGUUCUGAUGAUGGAGCGGGAGGAGCGAGCCGUCACCUGCUCCUCUACCAUCGACGCAGCUCCUCAGAGUUCUGCUAUGAGAAUCUCCACAGCCUUCAGCAAAGGAACCAUAGACAUCAGUCAGCUGCCUCACCCCAUGUUGAUGCACCUGCGGCUUUUCUUCGACCUGUGGGACGCCUACGUGCUGCAGGCUGUGCAGAGCGGACUUCCCUACAUCUCUGAUCACGUCAUGUUUGAGAUCCUGCAGCUGCUCCAAUGGCGCGACCGUUUCUGGGACGUGUGCGUGGCGCUUCCUGCCGACUCUCAGGGCGUCGCAGUGCUGUCUCUGCACUGGCAGUGGGUGCAGAAGCACCUCAUCCUCCGCCUUCCUCAGCUGCUGAUGGGAGACACAGCUUCGACCUUGGAAGGUCAGCAGGAGCUGCAGGCCGUCUCUGCAGCCAUCCAGAACAUGAUAUCCACCCCGGUGUCUGUGGCUGCUGCUCUGAAAGGCAUCCAGAGGUCUCUGGGGAAAGCUCUGCCGUUCAAGCUGGAGUCGGUGGCUGAGUGCGCUUCUCGCCUGCGGCUCCUCAGUAAAGCUCUGGAUGCUAACGAGCUCCGGCUGGACGGCUCCUUCAGCAGCUGGAGGCAGGAGCUGAUCCAACUUCAGGGCGCCGGACUCUGGCUGGACAUGAAGGAAAGCCUCCUAGAAGCGUCGGGUCUGGUUCUGUCAGCAAACAACCAGCUGGAUCCACAGCAGUCUGGGACACUGGAGAAGCUGGUGCUCAUUGUGGAGCAGCAGCAGUAUCACAUGACCUCCAAAGGACUCACUGGGACCAGACCCACGUCUGAUGGGGAGGAACCAGAGGCUGGAGUCCUGAUGAGCAGAGAGGAGCUGCUGCAGCUCAGGGGAAAGACUCAACUGUGGCCCCUGAUGGAGGGACUGUCGGCCCUCAACCAGCUGCGGCUCUGCACAGACCUGCUGCUCCUGGCUCUGUCUCCGGGCGACCACAAUGCGGAGGCCUGCUUACGGCGGCAGCUUUCCAGACAUCUUCGCUUCUGCCUUCAGUCGACGCCGAUGAAUGUGGGGCAGCUGCAGUGUCUGUGGUUCCUGCUGAGCAGCGACGGGCUGCUGGAGAAGCUGCCCCUGGUGUGGUGUGAGCUGCUCUCCGAGGCCCUGGCUGCCCUUUGGACCUGCAGCGUGACCUCUGACCCUGACCGCUGGCUCAGAUGGGACCCCGUGCAUCCAGAGACCGAGCCGGGCCUGAAGCGGCGUCCUGCAGCAGGAAUCAAGGGCCCAGCUGUGCUGGGUACAGCGGUGUGGUCCCAUUGCAUUCUGGGAGUGCUGAGCAGCAGUGGGAGCAGCGGUGGAAUGGAGCCGGGGGCCGGGGCCCUGCUGGCCUCGUCUCAUGUCUGCCUCGGGGAGUGGAAGGAGCGGCUCCAGCAGCUGGAGGUGGUCUCCUCCGUGCUGUGGGACAACAUGGCCUUCCCUGCUGCAGCUCCUUUCAGGGCUACAGACCUCCGGCUGCAGGGGGCCGUCCUGCGCCGGCAGCUUCAGAGCAUGGCAGACCUGCUGCCUCCCAACAUGCAGGAGGGCUACAUGGAGAGCUGUGAGAGCCUAGUGGAGGACCCGGACCCUCUCAUCGCCUCCCAGGAGAUCCAGACGGUCCUGAGGAACUUCCUGCCUCCAAACCUGCUGCCUGACGGCCUGAUGGGAGCCUGCAUGGCCUGCCUCCAGCAGUUUGUCCAGGGCAGGGUCCAAGGUGGAGGCGUGCCGGCCCACAGCGGGGCGUUCUGGGUCCACAUGGGCCUCCUGCAGGUCCGAGUGUGGACACCGCAGAGCAUCUUUGAUCCAGCAGUGAAGAGGGCCUACAAACUGAACUACGCUCAGCAGGAGCUGGUUCUGCUGGAGGAUGAGUGGAAAACUCGCAGCUUGUCCUCUGAGCUGAAGACCGGAGAGGAGCUGAGAGAAAGCAGCACCACUGAUGGCUUCCAGCAUCCUCGAAUCAGGUCAGGACAUCCACUGCCAGGAGGGAGGGGCUAUAACAGGCCGCUGAACCACAAUGCAUGCUGGGAAAACGUUCAGGAUGCAUUGCACAUCUGCCAGGCUGUGGUGAACGAGUGGGACAACCAGGAGAGGAGGAAGCGAGAGCAGGAGCAGAUGGAGGCGUCUCUGUACCGCAGCCGCAGCCGUCUGCACGGGUCGGGCCUGACGGAGGACGAGCAGGAGGAGAAGGACUUCAGGCGCCAGUUUCCUCAGUUCAACAAGGACUUUGCAGAUAUAUUGACCCAGCCCAGUCUGGAAGGCCCGGGCGACUCGGAGCCGGAGGCGGAGGAGGACGGGGCCGAUCCGGGGGCCGCCGAGCCGGGCUCCUUGUCUGCACACGCCAUGAACGCGGUGGUCCAGGUGCAUCAGAGCAUGUGUCUGGGUUACGCCCGCUCGCUUUGGUACCGGAGCGCACCGCCGGCCAAUCACAGCAAAGAACACAUCAAGGCCCUGAUCUCCUCCCAUCAGAUCGCCUCUCCUCUGAUGUCCCACUGCUACCAGCUGAUGGACUCAGAGCUGGAUCUCCAGCUGACGGGCUGCGGCCUGUUGCUCUCCACUCUCCUCCAGAACACGGUGAGGGGCUCUGGCGGUUCUGAGCUGGCCGCCUCCCCAGAGGGACCGUAUGACUUCUAUCAGCAGCCUAAUGUGGGCGAAGCCGGCCUCUGCCUGCCGGUUCUGGAGCAGCUGAGUGAGGCGGUGAGACGGCGGCUGGAGGAGUGGCCCGAGCACCCCGCUCUGCUCCAGCUGGUGGUGGUGAUGGAGAGGAUCACGUCCUUCAGCCUGGCCUGCCCGCUGGCCAAGUUCCUGAACGGGCUGGAGAUCCUGCUCGCCAAAGCCCAGGACUGGGAGAACAACGCCAGCCGCGCGGCGUCUCUGCGGAAGGAACUGGAACCAGUCAUCCAGCUCAUCAUCCAGUGGCGUAAACUGGAGCUGAAGUGCUGGUCCAGCAGCCUGGACAACGCGCUGAAGAGACACACGGAGAAAUCCACCAAGCACUGGUUCUCCCUCUACCAGCUGGUGGAGCGAUACCUGGAGGAGCAGAGGACCCAGGCGCCCUCAGGAGAGCAGGCAGAGAGCCUCUCCCUGUCCUCCAUCUCCUCCACCCUGGAAGCCUUCAUGGAGAGCUCCACCCUGGGCGACUUCCACACCCGUCUGAGGAUGCUGCUCAGCUUCCACUGCCACCUCCUGCUGGUCCCAGACCUGCCAGGACAAGGCUCUCUGUCCAGGCUCCUGUGGAACCUGCACAGAUACUACAGCCAGUUCUCCGAGUCCGUCCAGGGAAAGAUGCUUCAGCUCCGGCAGCCGAUAGAGAAGGAGCUCAAAGACUUUGUCAAGAUUUCCAAGUGGAACGAUGUCAGCUACUGGUCCAUCAAGCAGUCGGUGGAGAAGACCCAGCGCACCCUCUUCAAGUUUGUGAAGAAGUUUGAGGAGGCUCUGAGUAAACCCAGUCUGGCUGCACUGGUGGAAGUAGGCAGCGUGGAAGAAGAGGGCGUGGCCACUGGCCCAGAGGAGGGCGCCGUCCAUCGGGUCCAUCGCGCGCUGAAGGCGGCCGUGCCCGGCCAGGGCAGAGAGCUGCAGAACCAGGAGCUGGAGGACGGAGCUGGAUCCCUGCAGAGCCGGCUGCCCGUUUUGUUCCGCAAAAUGAAGAAGAUGUGCAUCCAGCUGCUGAAGAAGGACUCCGUACCUGAACUGGCUGAAGAUCUGGACCAGUUUACCUGUGAGAUCAUCAGCAACCUGCGCGAGCUGCAGAGCCUCAGCGUGGACGCGGCGGCGGCGAAGGAGAAGCAGAAGACUGAGGUCAAACACAUCUUGCAGCAGAAGCAGAGAGCGCUGUCUGACCUUUUCAAGAUGCUCUCUGAAUUAGGUCUGUCGUACCGGAAAGGCGUGACAUGGAGCAGAACGGCAGACCCAGAAACCACCCUCUGCAUGCAGCCGCUGGAGAUGACCACGGCGCUCUCUGCUGUGAUGGACCCGGGGGAGACCGAGCGCACGUUGUUGGCGGAGCUAAUGGCAGCAUGGGAAGGAUGUCAGAAGUACUUCUACCGUUCGUGGGCCAGGAGGACGGCGCUGCAGACCGCUCUGCAGCACGCCACCAAGGAGCUGGGGGUUGGGAACAUAGAGCGCUGCAGAGGCUUUUCCUCGCACCUGUUCAAGGUGCUUCUCAGACAGAGGCACCGGCUGGCCCAGCUGACCGAACACUGGCUCUGCCUCAGGAAGCUAACAGCCAACGUCCAGGACGUCAGAGCCCACCUCCAGACGGCGGGCUGCCCCCUCCCCCCCCAGGAGCCUCUGCAGGGCUGGAUCCAGAGAGGCCAGGCACUGGCGGCUCAGUGUGCCGCUCUGCUGCAGCAGCUGUCAUGGCUGCUGCAGUGCUGUCCUGAAGACGCCCAGCAGAAGGAGCAGGGCGGCAGCGGGCAGCAGACCCCGAUGUGCCCGUCCCCUCUGGCCGCUCAGCAGCAGCCCCCCGGCUGCCUGUUGAGGAGGGGGGACCCCAGUUGGUGCCAGCUCCACCAGCGAGUGGUUGCCAUGCUGAAGGAUGCUCAGACUCUGAGGGAGCAGCUGGGCUCUGUAGCACAGCAGGAGAAGGAGAGGGUUCUCUGCACAUGGAGCAGUUUUGCCUCCUGCUGUUCUGCCAUGGAACAGCUGGGAGCUGUAGCCGCUCAGAUCUCCAGCAUGGAGCACCUCUUCUCUCCCGUCAUCAAAGUGGGCGGGGCCAACAGCCAGCCGGCCGUUACGCAGAGCCUGCAGUAUGUCCGAGGACAGGUGGAGACAUGCGUUACAGAGUUCAGCACCUGGAAGAGCCAGCUGCUGUCCCUGGGAGAGCCAGAGCCCACAGAUCAGCCGUCCGCGUUCUCUACAGACUUCUCUGCUGAGCUGGAGGCAAACAUCAACGCGGUUCUGUGCGCCGUCCAAAGAGUGGUGAAGAGAAGAGAGAAGGAGCAGGAAGCAGAGAAACCCAGAGAUCCAAAGACAGACGAGGAAACCGAGGAGCCUGUGGAGGACCUGCUGAAGCCUGGUCAUCUGACUCGGCUGCUGGAGGAGGAGCUGGAAGCUGAUCUGGAGGCUUUGUCUGUUGGCAGCGUGAAUAUGGGAGUAACUGAGCUUCUGAGCCGUAUGAGGAGACGCAGGGAUUCCUGUCAGCCACAACAGCUUCAGGAGCUGAACCGGGCCUGCAGGAUGUUGGUCCGUUUCGAACCACUGCUGGGGAUUUACUCAGACCUGGUGCGUCACUACCUGUCUGUGUCGGUCGGAGUGCACAGAUGCACAGGGAAGCUGCUCUCUGUUCUGUCCGGCAUCUUCACAGAGCUGGCCCAGAAGGGUUUCUGCCUACCCCAGGAGCUGCUGCCCGGCGGGGAUGGAGAGGGCGCCACAGAGUUUCAUGACUAUGAGGGCGGCGGCAUUGGAGAGGGAGAAGGCUCCAAAGAUGUCAGCGACAAAAUCGAGACUGAAGAUCAGGUGGAGGACACCUUCCAGGAGGGGGUGGAGAAGGAGGAGCAGCAGGAUAAAGAAAACAUCAAGAGUGAAGACAAUGCCAUUGAAAUGUCUGAAGACUUUGAUGGACGGGUGCAUGAUGGAGAGCAGAAUGAAGCCGGUGAGGAAGAGGAGUCUGAGGAGGAGGAUAAAGAGGAGCUGGAUAAAAAGAUGGGAGACCUGGGAGAAGGUCAGACGGACACUUUGGACGAGAGAAUGUGGGGUGAUGAUGAAGAUGAUGAGGAAGAGGGGAGUGAUAAGGAAGAGGAGUCUGGACAGGGCAUGGAUCAGGGAGAAUCCGAACUGGUUGCCAAGGACGACAACUUGGAUGCAGCAGAGUCCAACAUGGAGAAGAAGAAGAGCCAGGAGGAGGAUGAACAGAUGUGUGAGGAGGAGGCGGAGAAGAUCCACGAGCAAGGAGAUCAGAGAGAGUUUGAUGAGAAUGAGGUGGACCCCUUCCACGGUCAGCAGGACAAGAGACCGGAGCCAGAGGCCAUGGAUCUGCCAGAGGACCUCAACCUGGACCAGGAUGAAGAGGCUGGAGAGGAUGAGGAGUGCGAGGGAGAUGAGGAGAACCCGUUAGAUAUCGCUGACAAAGCCCCGGAACCGGAGGAGAAAGAAGGAGAACAGAAAGAUGGAGAGGAAGAGGAGCCGGGAGACACUGAGAUGGAGGAGAACCCCAGAGAGGAGGAGCCACAGACUGAGGAGGAGGAGGAGGAGAAAGGACAGGAGAAGGUAUCAGGAGAGGAGGAGGCUGCUGAUGAGGAGGAAGAAAAGGAGGGGGAGGAGGAUAAGGAGGGACGGGAAGAAAGAGAGGAGGCGACUGCACCGAAGGACGGCGGAGAUAAAGCGAAGGCGGAACAGGAGGAGGAGGAGGAGGAGGAGGAAGGGGACGACGAGGAGCCUGCUUCUGCUGAGAGGAAGGAGCACAGCGCGGACGGUCAGACUGGAGAGGAGAACAUUCAGAGCGAGGCGGCGGUGGAGCUGGCGGGGGCGGCUUCAGAGAGAGACCAGGCCAAGGAGGAGCAUGGCAGUGGAGCGGCUGACGCCAGCCAAUCAGAGGGCCACCAGUCCAAGCUGACGGCCAGGAUGGCCUCACAGACACAGACUCGGAGCAAGACGCAGAGCUACAAGAGGAAACCCGGCCGAGCAGAUAAGGAACGGUCCACGGGCGACUACAACGAGCGCGUCAGCAAGCGCCUGCGUACGGUGGAGGGCAGCCAGGAGCGCACGGAGAACAGGCAGACCGAAGGCCAGCAGGAGUCAGAGCUGUACGAACACAUCAAAGAUGGAGAGGCGGCGUACGACGCGCAGACUUACGAUGUCGCCAGUGCGGAGCAAGAAAAGGCAGCAGGACCUCAGAGGGACCAGGAGGAGGAGGAGGAUGUCGCCAUGGAAACGGAGGACCACGAGGAACAGCUGAAAUCUGCUGACGUAGAGGAGCUGAAGCCUGACCGCCUGGACGCUGCCAAGUUCUCCCAGAAAGGUGUGGAGGGCGGAGAAAUGGAGGCGCAGCAGCAGGAUGAGGAAGACGAGAGGCCGAAGGACCGACAACAUCAACCUGUAGAGGAGGAGCGAGCUGAAAGAGGCAGAGAAUCCAGCAUCCAUACUGUUCCUGAGCUCCUGCUGCACCCGGUGCAGAAACCAGAGCGAGACCCAGAGGAGCUGAGGAGGGAGAUGGAGCUGCAGCUGGAGUCCUGGAGGAGACUAGCUCCGGGUUCUCAGGAGGAGGAGGCAGCAGCAGCCUCCAUGUGGCUCCGGUACCAGACUCUGACCUCGGCUCUGUCGCAGCAGCUCUGCGAGCAGCUCCGCCUCAUCCUGGAACCCACGCAGGCCGCCAAGCUCAGGGGGGAUUACCGCACAGGGAAGCGUCUGAACAUGCGGAAGGUCAUCCCGUACAUCGCCAGCCAGUUCCGCAAAGACAAGAUCUGGCUGAGAAGGACCAAGCCCAGCAAGAGAGAGUACCAGAUCUGUCUGGCAGUGGACGACUCCUCCAGCAUGGUGGACAACCACUCCAAGCAGCUGGCGUUUGAGUCGCUGUCUGUGAUCAUCAACGCCCUCACCCUGCUGGAGGUGGGACAGGUGUCUGUGUGCAGUUUUGGCGAGCAGAUGCAGCUCCUGCAUCCUUUCCAGCAGCAGUUUAACGACGAGUCCGGCGCGCGAAUUCUCCGCCUCUGUCAGUUCCAGCAGAAGAAGACCAGGAUCGCACAGUUUCUGGAGACGUCAACGAAAAUGUUUCUGUCGGCCCGGCAGCACAUCCCAGGAUCCAUAACCUCUGAGACGGCCCAGCUGCUGCUCAUCGUGUCCGACGGCAGGGGGCUGUUCCUGGAGGGCAAGGAGCGCGUGAUGGCAGCCGUGCAGGCGGCGCGCACCGCCAACAUCUUUGUGAUCUUCGUGGCGCUGGACAACCCCAACACUCGGGACUCCAUCCUGGACAUCAAGGUGCCCGUUUUCAAAGGACCUGGAGAGUUACCAGAGAUCCGCUCCUACAUGGAGGAGUUCCCCUUCCCUUUCUACGUCAUCCUGCGAGACGUCAACACCUUGCCGGAGACCCUGAGCGACGCACUCAGGCAGUGGUUUGAACUCAUCACCGCUGCUGACCAAUAAACAGACGAGGAGCUUCAUCCUCAGGAGGAAGAUCGGAUCUGCUGCUGCUUCAGGAAACUUUCCUUUUGUGCCUUUAAUGGGAGGUUUCCCAGCACUUUGACUAACAGACCAACAUCAGGCAACAUCAACGACUCUUCUGAAGGUCAUGAUGUUCUAGAGGGCGACUAAUAAUGUGCCUUGGAGAAGCCAGCAGGGUGAAAGCCCUGUCAGGAUCUCCACCUACAGUCAUUAUUUCCAUGUUUGGUUCAGCUGCUGUCGACAUGGAAAGCCUCACAACACGUGUAGGAAACUUUUUAAUGUGAACAUGAUCAGAAAUGAGCAGUUAUGUCAUCUUUACCUGCUGCUGUGAAUAAUGAAAAUAAUUUACGGUUGUUCCACAGAGAGAAAGAAAACGCUUCUUCUCCUCCACAGAUUGCAACCAUUUGUUUAACCAAUGAUAAUAAAGAUUUAUG